AUGGUCGGAGAGUUGACCUUUGCCAGCAAGAUGGGAUUCAUGGAACAAGGCAAGGAUCUGGAUGCCAUGAUGGCAGGAAACAAGGACUUUCUCGCAUAUGCAGCCGUCUAUGGCCAAAUUCCAGCAAUCCACAAAGUCCUUCUAAGCAAUCCGCUGCUCGCCAGGCUCAUGCCUGCAAUGGAGACCUGGAACCCGGUUCUUCUUUUCACGCUCAAGGUCAUCAACGGACGAGCUGCAGCUAAACGAGGAGGUCAGCGAACCAAGGCCGAUGUCGAAGCUCAUGACAUGCCCAGCCGCUGGGAAAAGGUCUAA